AACAGGAGCAGUGGAAGGAAGCUGAACGCGCGCCAUGAACCAUGCAGGGGGCACAAUGAACAGCGGAGCUGACAACGAGCCGAUAUGGGACGAAGACUUGACCGAAUUGCUCAACUCUCCUGAGCAAGGGACUUCUCAAUGGCACGUGGCAUCUACGACGACCGGCGUGCCUGGCCCAACGAGAUGCGACAUUGGCCGACUCUCUAGCUUUGACUUGGCCGAGAUACAUCACAGUGACGUCGCGUCGACAACACAACUCGACAUCAGCUACGAGCGAAAGAAAUCCCGAGCCAAGAUCACUCGAGUCGAAGUAAACAACGGCUUUGACGAUCUGCUCCAGGUUCUCCGUCUUCCCAACAGCCGCAAGAACAGUCGUGCGAAAGUCAUCCAGUAUGCAUGUGAACGUAUUCGCGCACUUGAACAAGAAAACGAACGGCUCAAGCAACAACUGCCACUGCCAGGUGCGUUGCCACCUGCCACCGCUGGAGCGAUGGUGUGGAUUCCAUGCACAUCCAUGCUCCUUCCGCAAAUAUCCCAACCCCAGCAAACUCGCGUGCUUCAAAAAGCCAAGCGCGCCAAGAAAACCAUCAAGUCAGUGGCCGCUGCUCAGUCGGCAACACCAUCCACCACUCCGUCCAUGCUGCACGCCUUGGUUACGACAUGCCCCCAUGUGCUGCGAUACCUGGAUGCUGUGUCCCUCGCUCGCUUGAUGCAAGUGUCGUCGGAAUGGAAUGCAUACCUGGGCCACGUCAAGCAGGGGUACUUGUGGGGAGCGCUCGUGACUGCUCGAUGGCGCAUCGAUGGCGCGGCCCUCACCACAGUCGAGCCGGGGCUGACUAUGCGCGACAAGUGGCUCCAACUGCACCACACCAUGACGUUGCCACGACUCGUGUACGCGUUGAACGCAUCACAAUCGAUGCCAGACUGCUCAGAGGUCGGGCCGACCAGUGCGGCAGGGUCGCAGCUGGGCAUUGUUGCCAAAGGCCGCGCGCCCGGAGUCGACAUGUGGGGCAUUUUGGCCCGACGGUCCAAUUCGCGCACGACCCGAUCCGUGUGGCGAGACGGAGCAGUGUCAGUGAUGCAAGUGGUCGAGGUCCAUAUCGUUGUCCAGAAUACCCACGGCAUUGCGCCGAUGACAGUGACGUUGGUGGAUGUGGCGCCGUUCAAGGUGCUGGAUGCGUCGUACGGCACGUUGUUUGAGCCUCGGUGGAUUGCACGGAAUGGUGUGAAGAUCGAGGUGGCAAUGCCCGAUCUCGUCUUGAAGCACUUGGACGUUGGCGUCUUGAGCGUUUAUGUGUCGUGCCCCCACGUCGAAUUCGAGCAUGAGUUCCUGUCGCGGGCCCAUUCCAUACGGGUUGUCUGCGCCACACGUGGAGCUUUGUCCGUGCAACGCCUACGAGUGGUGGAAGCGCCUUUCGUACGAGGGGUGCCGCAGCACCCGUUGGUGCGAACGGCAGACAGAAUGCACGACAAGUGACCUUAAUAACUCUUUUAUAUCGACAGUACAGCCCGCUGGCACUUGGCUCUUU